GCAAAAGAAGAUCAACAUUAAAUUAUUCUUACAAAGACGCAGAAACAUUGCAUUACAGCGCUCUCUCUUUCUCUCUCAUAUGUUCCAAAAUGGUCCAACAUAGACCCACCACGUGCGUAACGUACUGCUCCCGAAAUCAUCGCCAUCACAUGUGAAGCAAAUUUACCGCGUUACGCCCCAUGUGUGCUUCUUUGAUCUUUCUUUAUUCAAUGGCCGCCGCCGACUCUCAUGAGAUCCAGCUUCGCACCACUUACUAACAUCCCUCUCUACUGUAUUCCUCUGUUAGUAGUAAAAUUUCGCCAUUUUUAAAGUCACAGAAAAGAAAAACAUAUUUGGGCUAUAAAAAUCUCAUCUUUCUUUGUUCACUCCCUCUUUUCUCUUCCUUUGUUUUGAGCAGCUAAAAAUAUUCCUAGUGUAGGACGGGAAUGGAUUUGUUCCUAAACGCCAAAUCGGUGCGUCUACGCAGCCACCACGACAAGUAUCUGGUCGCGGAUGAAGACGAAGAAUCCGUCACUCAAGACCGAAAUGGAUCCUCCAAGGCCGCUCGAUGGACCGUCGAGUUCGUGCCUGGAUCUCAAACCAUUAUCCGUCUAAAAAGCUCUUACAACAGGUAUCUUACUGCUUCCAACCAGCCCUUUUUACUUGGGAUGACGGGUCGAAAAGUGAUUCAGACACUGCCUAGGAGGCUCGACUCGUCAGUCGAGUGGGAACCCAUUAGAGAAGGGUGUGAAGUCAAGCUCAAGACUCGGUACGGGAACUUUUUGAGAGCUAAUGGAGGGUUACCACCUUGGAGGAACUCGGUGACUCACGAUAUUCCUCAUAGGACCGCUACUCAGGAUUGGGUGUUGUGGGAUGUGGAUAUUGUGGAGAUUCAAGAGAAGCCCUCAGCGAAUAUUCAACACCCUCCUCCCAUUCCUCACUCAGAUUCAUUGGACUUUGAUUCACCUUCUUCAAUUUCAGGCAAAUCUGCCCACUUUUCAAGACAAGAGUCAAGUGAUUCUUAUGUGGGUUCCCCACCAAAAUCCGAAGGAAGGACAAUAUACUUCCAUGUUGCAGAUGACAGUGGGGAGGUUGAUGAUGAGGCAAUUGAAGGGUACUCUUUUAGUUUCAAGGGUAAUGGUGUGGAUGAACUGGCUCAUAAAUUAAAAGAAGAGUCUGGCCUUGAGGAUGUUGUGGUGUGUACUCGGAGUCCUUUGAAUGGGAAGCUCUUUCCUCUUCGCUUGCAACUUCCUCCCAACAAUGCUGAUAUGCAUGUUGUGUUAGUUCCAUCAGCAUCAAAAGUGGCAAGAGACUUUGUAAAACUAGGAAUAAAUCCAUGAGCUACAUUGAGGGAAUGUCAUAGGUGUUUCAGAAUCAACAUGCUUUGUACAUCCUACUCAGACUCUUCAAAUAUAAGCUAGAAGUUUUCAUCGAGUCUCCUAAAUCCCACUGCGGUUUUUCUAACGAUAAGUUGGGUAAAGUUAGUAUCGAGUAAUGUUCCUGCCAUGAAAGAAGGUAAUCAUUUCAAGCUUUUCGAAUUCAAGCUAUAGAUGAUCUGAUUGCUUCUGUUCUAACUUCUCGCAGUUUUUAAUUUUGCUCCCUUAUGGUCUUGUAGAGUUAUUUUUGUUACAAUUUGUUGCACGCUUCUUGAAUUGAAUUAUUGAGGAUGUUUUCAA